AUAAGAGCAGAUAAAAGUCGUUGUCAUGUGCGAGCAUUCGAGUGACAACGUCAGCUCGGUUGGAAUCUUUGGCACUCGCGGUGAAUUCUUGGCACGUGGAGUUACGGUGGAAUCGUGUGGCUAAUCCGCUGAUCGUGGCAGCGACUCGGCUGCUGUGGCGAUGGUGGUGGUGGCGGUUGUGGUCGCAGUGGUAUGAGUGCUUGAUUUUGGGAAAUUAAUGUCGCACGACGUUGGGAGGAGGGAGAGACCGCCGAAGAGAAAUCGAGCGAGGCCGGGGAGAAGGUGAAAGUGAACCUCUGCACCUCCGCGGCCGUGGCGGAGGACGGUGUAUAACCUAAAAAUAAAAUAUCUCUCUCUCUCUCUCUUUCUCUCCCACUCGCUCGCUCGUCACGUCUACGUCCGACGUCCAUCCGCAGCGUCCGCUGCCGUGCGUGGUCGCGCGCGCAGUAACGUCUUGCGUAUCGCUCGUGGACCGUCGUGCGCGGCCCGCCGUAACCCUGUCGCGAAAUCGCCCCGUCGUGGUAUUCGGAGUGUCCGCUCGUCGUACCCGCGUACACCAGCAUCUGUCACGCGCUGCUCCUGGGACAAGUACGCGUCGACAUGAGCGCGCCGAGACGGCCGCGGAGGUGCUCGCUGGGGGACGAAUGACUUCGCGGAAAAGCCGCCGGCAACGUAUGAAGAAUAUGGACACCACGAGCAACGAAUCGGCGGGGGAACAGGCCUUCCCCGACAGCACAGUGCCGCGGAAGUCCUGGUCCGAGCUCCGCGCCGUCGUCAGCGAUCUCAGGAGAAAACUGUCGGGGGUGUCGGCUGGAUCUGUGCCGAGUUCCAUAACUUUCCGAUCGCUCCCAGACGGCCGGACUAGAAUCUAUUUUCUUAGCACACCGAGUAAUGGUUGGGAGACCACUCUUCUGUACGUGGACAUUGCACACGCAGAUCAUGCCAAUGGCUACCGAUUGCAUUGGCAACCUGUCAUAGAAGCGAAUUUCCAAAGUGUAUCAAGUGUGAACAGACUGUCGAAGGAGGAACAAUUGUUGUGGGAAAGAAAAAGACUUGCUACGUGGGGUAUAACUAGUUACGAGAUUCAUGCGGAAAGUGGAAAAUUAGUCUUUCCAGCUGCUAGCAGCCUUUAUCAAUGUGUGGAUACUGGAUUUAUGCCUGGACCUCUUUUUCCAUCUGAAAUCAGGAUGUCGACGACCGGUGCGAAACUAUGUCCUCAGAUCUGUCCCUGGAAUAAUGCUUUGAUCGCUCAUACAUGUUCGGGAGAUCUGUAUCUGUCUCAUAGUAUCACGGGUUCUUCAGUUCGGUUAACUCAUGCUAGGAAAGGAGGCAGGAGUCUCGUGGAUGAUCCACUCACCGCCGGCACCCCUUCCUACGUCAUGCAGGAGGAAUUUACAAGGUAUAUUGGCUACUGGUGGCAGCCGAAGUCCAUGUUUGAUGGAAUCUAUAGGAUAGUGUAUGAAGAAGUAGAUGAGAGCGAUGUUAAGAUAUAUUGUUUCCCCUCGUCAAAUUCCGAUGAAGUAGAUGAAUUUAGAUUUCCUAGAGCCGGUAUGCCCAAUGCUAGGAGUAACUUGAAAAUGGUGCAGUUUCGUCUAACAGAAUCAUUACACAUUGUCGAUAUCGAAAUAUUGGAGCUCCAAUAUCCUCUUCACAUUAUGUUCCCAUGGAUGGAAUACAUGGUACGAGUUGGAUGGACUCCGGAUGCUCAAUACGUCUGGGUGCAACUACUGGACAGAAAACAACAGAAACUGGAAUUGGUCUUACUGUCGAUAGACAACUUUUGUGAACCACCGCCGAACACGUAUAAUACUGAAAAUCAUUUCACACCCACAUCAGCGAGCGUUCAAGUGAUAUACUCUGAACAGAGUCCGAUUUGGAUUAACGUGAACGACCUAUUAUACUUUUUAAAGUCCGACGACGCGAACGAAGUCAAAUUUAUCUGGGGGAGCGAGGAAUCCGAGUUUCGACACUUGUAUCUUAUAACAUCCAGUAUAGCAGGCUUAAGUAAUGGAGUGGAAGAACCUUUGGAUAGAAUGGACAGUAUAUUUCUUCGACCACGUAUUACUUCUAAGAUAGCUCUGACGCAGGGUGAUUAUGAAGUGCUAGGGAAGAAAAUAUGGGUUGACGAAGUCAAUUCCAUUGUUUAUUUCUGUGGAUUACGUGAAGGACCACUGGAGCAACACGUUUACGCGGUUUCGCUGCGACGGCCAUUAGAAAUACGGCUACUGACGCGGCCUGGCUAUAGUUACAAUAGUGUAUAUUUUAACAAAGAAUGUACAAUGCUCGUUACUGUUUAUAGUUCCAUUAAAACGCUGCCUACUUGUCAAGUAUUUAAAAUAUCACAAACCGAUUGGACAGUGGAGAGCAUAUCGCUCACACCCGUAGGCUAUCUCCUAGAACCAGCAGCGCCUGAAUCCGAGCUGUUCGCGCCGGAGAUCUUCAAGCAUAAAAUCAAGUCGGGGGAUACGGUCUACUCGAUGAUAUUUAAACCUCAUAAUUUCCAACCUGGAGUUAAAUAUCCUACAAUAUUGAAUAUUUACGGAGGACCCGAAGUACAACUUGUAUCAAACACAUUUAAAGGUUUAAGACAUUUACGAAUGCACAUGUUAGCUGCUCAAGGCUAUUGCGUCAUUUUAAUAGACUCUCGCGGAUCGCAGCAUAGAGGUCUCAUAUUCGAGAGCCAUUUGCGACGUAGGAUGGGAACAGUAGAGCUGAACGAUCAAGUCGAAGUAUUGAGAUGGCUGGCAGAGGCUACUGGAUACAUAGAUCUAAAUCGAGUAGCUCUUCAUGGUUGGUCUUAUGGUGGAUACUUAAGUUUAAUGGGUUUGAUACAGUAUCCCGAUGUAUUCAAGUUAGCCAUUGCUGGUGCUCCAGUUACCUCGUGGAACUUUUACGAUACUGGAUAUACUGAGCGCUAUAUGGACUUGCCACAGAACAAUUCUCAUGGUUAUAUGGCCGGAUCGGUCCUAACAUAUGUAAACAAGUUUCCCGACGAAGAAAAUCGUUUGUUGAUUAUUCACGGUCUCAUAGACGAGAAUGUACAUUUCUAUCACACUAGCCAAUUGAUUAAUGCCCUUGUGAAAAUUGGUAAACCGUAUCAGUUGCAAGUGUACCCUAAUGAGAGGCAUAGUCUGAGAAGCUUGGAUGCCAGCAAACAUUACGAAACGACCUUAUUAUCCUUCUUACAGAAUCAUUUAUGAAGUGACAUUUUGUUUCCUUUUAUUUUCGUUUUUUUUUUUUCGUAUUGUUAAAUAGUUCAAUAAUAAUCGUUCCUCCAAGUAAGAAUUUGCAAUUUUAAGUAACUGCCAUUAUAAUUUAUGUACACACUUAAACAUAAAACUAAAAAAAAAAAAGAAAUAUCUUCAGAGGUGGCAAAAUAUGUCAACUAGUUUCUGUAUAAAAGUGUGCCUCUAUAGGACUUUUAAGAUAGUAUUACAUUUUUUUUUAUGUAAAGUAUCUGCAACAGCACAGUGUGAAUAUUGUCAUUAAUUAUCAAGGACGAACUUCUAGCAAGGAAUUUAUAAUAUACAACUUUCAAAAAAGUAUAUAUAUUGAAUAUACGAUUUUCAAUGCCUCUGUCAAGAUGCCACAAAACGCGCAAUAAGUACAUUCAAAGUUUUCUUAAUCAGCUAUUGUCAAAGCUUACAAAAUAUUACAGUGAUAAUAUCGGUUAACUGUGACUAUUUUCUAAGAGAAUAGACAAUACUCAAUUUACUGACAAUAGUUAAUCAGGAAGACUAACUCCAGUCCAGAAGCGUUUGUAUUUCGCAGUCGUUUCGCAAUAUAAUAUUGAACUGUUAGCCAUUAACAUACCAACUGUGACCAUGUACAUAUAUGAUACGCGACCUCGACACAUGUAUCCCUUUUAUCUUUCUACGAAAUGAAAAUCCGCGUUUCUGCGAGAAAAGUAUUUGCGUUUUUCAGUGUAAUGAAAUAAUCGUAUAUCCGAUGGAUAAUUAUUUGUCAAUAAAUAAAUUCAUUAUUUUA